UAUACGAGGCAAUGCACUCGGACCCUUUUGUGGGAGUUUAUGAUGCUGGAAUAGGCAACUUUGAUUCAAAAAGUCCGAAGAACACGGUCGGUCACUUGGAAGGACAGGUGCCUACUUCGAAUGUCUCCGAGAUAACUUACCGAGCAUGAAUACUUUAUAUUCAGGUUGCCGGCCUUUCUCAGCUAACCAGCCCAGAACUCUAUGAAAAUCGCAACGUUCCAAUUUAUCAUACGAAUCAUUAAGACAUCGCAACGCCAACGGCAGCUAACACCCCCCAGCUACGGUCUAUCGUCGCCAUAGAAUUCUACCUAGAUCCCCAACCCCUUAAGCCAUCAGCGCAAGAAAAUAACGAUGUCCAAGUCAGUAGAUGUGCUCGUAUUCGGAGGUGGGCCAGCCGGCCUAGCUGUUGCCGGAGGCCUCGCGCGCCAACUUCAUACGGCCGUGGUGUUCAGCUCGGGAUCGUUCCGGAACCAGGUCACGGCACACAUGCACAACGUGGUGGGAUGGGAUCAUGGGAAUCCGGUCGAGUUUCGAACGAAGUCAAUGGCGGAUAUAACAUCGCGGUACAGUACGAUCCAGUUCAAAGAAGUUGGUGUCGCGAGCGUUAAGAAGCUUGAAAAUGGCUGUUUUGAAGCCGUGGAUGACGUGGGAGAGAAGUACGAAGGCCGUAAAGUUGUCAUCGCAAGCGGGAUCAGGGAUAUCAUGCCCGAUAUCCCGGGUUACUCGGAGCUUUGGGGGAAGGGAAUAUUCCACUGCUUAUUUUGCCACGGCUAUGAAGAGCGCGGCGCUCCCUCUGCGGGCGUUCUUGCUAGCGGGGUCUUGGGUAACUCCAUGCUCGCACCUCCCAUUUCUCGUAUGGCAAGCAGAUUUGCGGGCGCCGUGAAUGUCUACACGAACGGGAACGAGGAUUUCGGCGCUGAGGUCCGAGCUGCGCUGAAAAAUACGAAGAAACUCCAUAUUGAGAACCGGAAGAUCAAGAGCGUUGCUAAAGAUGCUGAUGCCCAGGGCGAGGCGGGAGUCCUGGUCACCCUUGAAGACGGCACAGUGAAUAAGGAGAGUUUUAUUGCGCAUAUUCCCGACUUUGAGUUGAAUGGCUGCUUUGCGAAAGACCUGGGUGUUGAGCUCGCACCGCAGGGUCAUAUCACCACCCUACCACCUUUCUUCAAUACUACUGUACCUGGCGUCUAUGCUGCUGGUGAUUGUGCCACAGUAUUCCGAAGUGUCCCCAACGCGACGAUGAUGGGAUCCUUUGUAGCCGCCGGGUUGGCUCAUUCGUUGCAGGCUGAGGAUGAUGUCGAAGAAUGAUUUAAGGGAAGAUGAGGGUUUACGUAGAGAAAAUCUCUCGCUAACCUUUUGGCAAUGAGUUCAUGUUUAGGAUGAGUAUGGCUUGGUACGUAAAAGCAUGAGUUAUCCACAGCAACUCGAGCGCGGAGCACAAGAAGCAACGAGCUAUGGACUAUCGAUAUGGCGAUUAAUAUAUUUUAGGCAUGUUCGAUUACCACUUGAUAUAGCUCCAUGGAUAUGUUGUCAGCUUUCGCACAUGGACAGGUCACGCUACUCGAUAGUUGAUAAGAUAAUAGACUUGAGGGCUGAUUUGAGCUUGGAAGCAAAUAACUCGUCGCUAAC